CUUUGGCUACUGCAAAGGUGUGUACAAAAAAUACGUUAUUAGGUCAUUAAGGGUUCCCGAUAUGUCCUUACGCAUAAUUUAAAUCAGAAUGCUUCUAGAAUUAGUAUCAUGCUGGAAAGAGUAACUGUCAUGUUGGAAAAAAUGGCCACACGAUUUUUUGGUAUAUUACCAAUACUUAUGAGUUGGCAAGGUUUGCUUAUGUUCACAUUGUGUGUGAGUUGGACACAUGGAGCAUCUAUUUCAAAAGGUCAGACAGAGUAUUUUGAUGACCCCACCGGUCAGUAUAGGCCAUGCUCGGACAUCUGCGAGCCCUUGGGAAGUUCUGAGCGCGCAUGCGCUCGAUUUUGUCCUAAUUACGUCCACGCGCAAUCCAAUAGUACCGCCGAUGAAAUAUCGCACCCAUUGAAAGCGGUGGAGGUGGGCGUCUCAGUAGGAAUCGGGGUGCUGGUGGCUGUGGUGGCCAGUAUAGCGAUUGUGAUGGUGUUAAUCCGUCGUCGAAAGAAGAUACCUGCUAAGAAACCAGUGCAAGAAACAGGUUACAGGCCGGACCACAAUGGCCAGGAACUCAAAACGCUCAUACCUGGCCAGAGAGAUGUGAGAAAUGAUUCCAACUUCCACACUGACACCUGACUGACGAAAUGACAAUACAUGUGAUAAUGAUCAAUUAAAGUAGUCUUUCAUCUGGUUCAGUUUGUUAGGUUUUAAAUCUUACUUCUUCACGGUAUUUCAACAAUGUAUCAAAUGUUAAAUUUUUUACACAAUUAUAUUAAGUUGCAUUGAAUGCAAAUUGACUAGACGCGAUAAGAUUAUAACUUUUGAAAGUGAGAAAAUGUGUUCAAAGCGUUAUAAUAUGUUCAUUUAUAAACAUAAUUGAUUUUUUUAAAUUAAUUCAUUUACUUGUUAAUUUGCUAAACCAGGAUACAUUUAUCAUUGCUCAAAAGCAGGUCACAAAAGAUUUUAGUAGUUCCACAGAAAUUAUCCAUCUUAUGAAGGAAGAGACUUUUCCUAAAAACGUUUCAAUAUGGCAUUAUUUUGGACAGGGAAUAUGCAACGCAUGGACAAACUAUUAAGCUGGUUGUCUAUACCCAAUCUUCCACUUUAUCACAGUGAUAAACCGUACAGAAAAUUUCAACUGAAAAUGGUUGCUCAAAAAUGCUCAAUUUGUUUAUCAGAUUUAUGCCGUCUCCACAUUCAUUUUUAAAUCUCUGUUGAAUAGCCUUUUAUUAUUGAAUUUGUUUCUAAUUUAGAUCGUGAUGUUUUUCUGUUAACUUUAGUUACCAAAACAGUUUUCUUAGACUAGUUAUUCAUAACUUCUAGCAAUGAAAUUUAACGCUACAAAUUGUUGAUAAUUGUUACUGUUGGGCUUUCAAAUAAUUUUUCCUGGAUCCCGAAUAAGUAUCGUACCUGUAAAAGACGUCUGACUCAGAAUGUGUGAUACACGUCUUUAUUUGUUUUGAAGACUUUAUUAUUCCCGCGGAAUUCUGCAAUUAUUUUUUAAAUGCCAAGGAAUGAUUGUGUGUUUUAUGUAUGUUAAUGAAUAUUUUAUUGAGCAUGGCCAGUAUAUACUGGGCUUUUUCUGAUUUAAAAUGAAUAAUUGCAUAAUGCUCGCAAGUGUCUCGGCAGUUUUAGAAAUGUAUGGCUUUUUGGAGUCAGUUUAAUUUGUGUAUAAUCCAACCAAUAAAUACUUAGUUCCAAUUGUAUAUGGAUUUAAGUUCACUUUUUCUUUCCAUUAUGUGUUUUUGGAAUCGAUUUUGUUUCUGUUUAUGCAAUCUUAAGAGACUUAGCAACACUGUACUGAUCUCUGUUGAGAAGAGUUCUCAACACUCUGUUGGCACUGUUUUAAUACACUUUACUAUAAUUCAUUUUUUGGAAGAGGGGGUGGUGAGCUUUGUGGUGGUUUCAUUGUGUUUAUUGUUUUGUUCUAGAUUGUGUGCGAAACCCUUUUAAUAUGCCAAUCUUUUGUUUGAUUGAUUUAUAUCUUUGACAAAUGUCUAAAUGUUUUACAAUUGCUCAUUGUUGAACGUCGCUGGUCGUCAUAUUCAUCGUUAUUAUCACCAUCUAUUGUGCGUGUUAAUUUUUUGUCUGUGGUGAAUUGAAAUUGUUGCAAGUUAUCUGAUUAAAUAAUAUAAAACUGUAUUUUUUCUUCAGGAGGCAGUUAUCGUACGUUA